AUGGCUGCGACUCGGCCUGCAGAAUACGACGUCGAAGUCACGGGCGAAAGGGUGGUGGCCCUGGGCGAGAAGCCGGCAAUUGCUGUGGCCGACGCAGGCGCCGUGAUGGCGGUCGAUGGUGAAGAGGAAGAGGUGCUGGACGAAGAACAUGCAGAGGGAGAAGAGGAGGAAGUUGACGGUGACGACGACGAUGGCGAUUAUGACGAUGUGGAUAAUUUCACCACGUCUGAAAUCGUGACUGUCCAUGUCGGCCCGAAGCGGAAACGCUUCUUCCUGCAUCGCGAGCUCAUCUGUGAGCGGUCGCCAUUCAUGGAGAAGUGCCUGCAGAAAGGCCGAUUCGACGAAGGCUACAAGAACGAGCUGUACCUCCCGGAAGACGACCCGAAAGCGUUUGCUGUUAUUGUGGACUGGAUCUACCGCAACAGACUGCCCCUGCGGACCGACCCUUCGUACGACCUGGUUGGCAUGUCGGCGGCGUACUGUAUGGCGGACAAAUUCGGGAUGGAGGAACUGCAAAACAGUAUCAUGGACAGCAUCCGCGGCAGCUUCAGUCGGCGCGAGACGGAGCCGUGCAAGACGCCCAACUUCACGGCGCUGGCCCUGACACACAUGACGGGCCCGCACAAGUCGCCGCUCAAACGGUUCUACGUCGAACACCUGGUGCACCACAUGAUGAAACACCCCAAGUGGUACCACGACCUCAAACGCAACGAGAACGCCCGGGUGGAGAUUGAGGAGUUGUUCAAGAUCCCCGAUUUGGUCUUCUAUAUCAUGAAGAAGGUCUGGCAGUUCACCGCCGAAGCCUGGAAAGACCCGGCUCUCUGGGACCGGUGCUGUUACCACGUCCAUGCCACCACGGCUUGCGCGAGGGCUGCAGCCGCGGCGGCGGUUGUUUCCACCACGGCGAAGCCGUCGUCAGCGUCCACGUCGUCGCCGGGGCAGGGGCAGGGGUCGUCCAGACACUACCACGCCCUCACACACGGCCAAGCCUCGGGCUUGAAUCCUCCUCUCCCCAACAAUGUCCGCUUGAGGCACCAUGGGCCGUGGCCGUCGACUAUUUCGGUGUGGAACAAUUCUAGCGUUAGGUGGUGA